AUGGAAUUCACCAAGGUUGCCCUCUUAGCCUCUAACCUGGCUUCUAAGAUACUGUCUGCAGGGAGCCUGGCCAAAGUGGGUGGGGCGGCCUCCAGCAGCAUCUUGGCAGGACUUCCUUCCCUGGGGCUCACUCUGCCAUCCAGUGCUGCCCUGGCGGGGGCCACGUCUACCCUGGGAUCUUUGGUGGGGACACUAAAAGGCUCCUUCCUGCUCGGAUCCUCUGCUGUGACCCUGAGCACUUUGCCAGUAGGAGCCAAGGCUGCUGUAGCUGUGGUGGGCGGAGCUUCCACCGUGGCGGCUGUGCCCGUGGUGCUGGGCGCGUUGGGCUUCACCAGUGCAGGAAUCACCGCCUCCUCCCUAGCGGCCAAGAUGAUGUCAAUAUCUGCCAUUGCUAACGGGGGCGGAGUGGCCGCUGGCAGCCUGGUGGCCACCCUCCAGUCUGUGGGAGCAAGUGGACUCUGCAUGUCAUCCAAACUCCUGCUGGGCUUCGCUGGGUCCACCCUCGUGUCCAAACUGGUGGGCCUGUAA